GCAACCGGGGCAGCGUCUCCGUCAACUCCGAGGGAACGAGCACAAUAGCGCCCGUGCAGCGAGCAGCGCCGUACACUCGUUCCACCGUUCCGCUUCCCCAGUCGCGCGGUGUGUACAGUGCAGCCUAAAGCUCGCGGGAGUGAUCACGGUCAGGUGUCGUCCAGCGUCCUUUAAUCGGCGUUUCUCCCUAAAGCUGGGGGACACGUGAAGCGCGGCCGGUCGGUAACGAGGACCGCUAGCUCGCUUGCUAACGCCGUUCUCCCCGUCCCUCAGCGAACGUGACGCGAGGACGCCCGGUACUUUACGCGAGUAGCGCGAGAUCACGGCGCUCGAAAUAAACCGGCGAGGUCUUUGCUCGGGUUCCGGCAGCGCGUGAAGCGUUAGGUGAAACCGAGGUCGAGUUGAAGCGCGGAAACGACGUUCGGGGGCGGAAUGGGCGCGCGAGGUUACCGCGAGGUUUCCCUGGGACGGACGGUCCCGUGCGCUGUCUGUAAGCGAUAACUUUGACACAAAAACAGAACGUAGAGCGUGUGGCGAUAUGGCUGGGGAAACGGGUGCCAGUCGAGGGAUGCAAGAGAUGUACGGGAAUCAGGCUGCAGCGGAACACGGUGCCCGUGUCUCCCCCGACAACGGCCCGGCGCCCGAGAUUGAGGACGACACCUUCUUGGAUGUCACGUGUGUGCAGAUGGAGCAAGAGUCACCUGACUGUGUAAGCGGGGAAGAGAAUGCGGCAUCUCCAGAAAGUUUUGGAGCUGAUCCUCUAAGAACACUGGGAGAAAUUCUCGCGUACUGCCAGGUGAUGUACGGUGCCAUCCAGAAACUGGACGCCAAGUUCGAGCUGCUGAAGACCUCAGUGACGACCUUGCAGCAGGUCGACCCCCCGGCGCCGACACGCGGCCCCCCGCCCUCGCACCGGGGCCUUGUGCCAGUGCCAAACACCCCAGGCAGCACGCCCAGCCUCCAGAUGAAGGUGGAGGUUGUAAGGGCGCCCCCCCACACCCACCGCCCGCAACAGGGUACCCCUGACCCCUCCGAUGGGCGGCGCAGCCCCAGCGACCUGGCCGUCCCAGACGACCUCGUGCUGGCCCAGGCGCACACCCAACAUCAAGCCCCACCUCACAGCGGCAGAGAAAUGCUCACUCAGCAUUGGCUGAACAGCACAGAUGGGCGGCGCCAGGCCUACAGUAACACCAUGGAACACGUGGGCAGUGGCGGGUGCCAGCCGAGCGUAUGGCCCGGCCCGGCGUGCGCAGUCACGGAAACGCCCUCCCAGCAGCGCUGGGACCCUCUAGAUCAGAGUCCUCCUCCUCACACGGCGACAGGUAACGCAGGAAACAGGAAGUUCGUGGUCCCGAGCAGCUUCCUACGCAAGGCGGGCACGAUGGCACAGCCCACGUCUGCCGCCCGCUUCCUCAUGCGCUGCGUCUUUUCCCGCCAGGAGCUCCUGCACGGCAACACGAGGGGCGACCCCAGCAGGGGGUUGAGGCGCCUGGACCCCGAGCGGCUCAACGCCAUACGGGAGUGGGCACAGAGGCGGUAUCCCAAACACGAACUCAACGAGAGGGGUAAAGACUGGAGGGCCUGCCUGGCCGUCAUGAACAAAGCCACCAGGUACAUCCGGCUGAUGGACAGGACGCGCAGGCUGAACACAGUAACAGACAUGAACGAGUGCACUGCACCAAUCCAAGUCUUCGAGCCGGAAUCCACCAGAGCAAUCACAGACGAGGAGCCCAAGCCAACUGCAGAGAUUGAUGUGGAGCUGUCAGACAGCGACACCGACCACCCACGGCGGAAAAGGGCCCCAAAGAGCAUGCCCAGAGGAGAGUCUGACAAACACAGAGUGUCUGAUAACAGAGAUGCAUCUAGCCAAGAGCCACUUGUGUUCCUGGGUUCUGCAGGUCGUGGGGUAAAGGUCCCACAGGCGGCCCUGUUUGGAGCCUGGCAGAGGCCCCGCCCUUCUCUCGUGGCACGUUACCUCAUCAGGUUCAUGUUCUCGGAGGACGUGCUCGUGCAGAGCAACGUGUAUGGCAACGCGGAGCACGGCAUCCAACCACUGGACCACAACAAAAUCUCAGCUCUGCGGGAACACCUCUGUGAGCGCUUUCAUUGGCUGCAGCUACAGGAGGAUGGACAGGACUGGAAGGCGUGCGUGGACGCCAUCAACAGUUGCAUCCGCAAGACCAGGCACAAACGCAAGAAGUCCCGCCGCUGAGCCAGCAGGAUGCCAGGCCACGCCCCCUAGGCCUGCUGGCAUGAGCCUCCUCCGUGCAGGGGCCUUACAGGGUGGAGGCUCUGUUGGGGCAUCCUGUGCAGACCAUUAACCAGGCAAACUAGUCAACUACUGAGCAAAACGUCUUUAUCUUUAUUUCUAUGUAGAAAGAAUGGCACAUUCUAACUUGGUUAAGAAUGAAAAAUUAUGUAAAAAGGAAAGACUAUUUUUUACAUGAAGUUUAUAUUUACACAAGCAGAAAUUAGCACCUUUUAAUAUCCCUCAAAAAAAAAA